AGGAGCUACCGCAAAGCCCGUAUCACUGGCAACAACGACGACCUCAAUUGCGUGGCUCCCUCCAUCACCCUUCGCAUAAUCGCAAGCCUCAGCACGGGAAAUCACCAUGCCGACACCGGAGUCAUCUGCGUUUCUGGCGAAGAAGCCGCAGGUGCCACCUACCUUCGACGGCGUUGACUACGAUGACCAGCGUGCACUCAAGGCGGCACAGGAUGCUAUCAUCCGGGAACAGUGGGUGAAGGUCAUGAUGGCGCGGCUAGUCAGAGAGCAGAUGGGCAAGUGUUACUGGACGGAGGGUGUGAAUCACUUGGAGAAGUGUGGCAAACUGAGAGAGAAGUACCUGGAGCUACUCAAGGAUUCGAAGAUUAGAGGCUUCCUCUUCGAGCAACAAAACUACAUCACCGAGGACCAGAUCAAGAAGCACUAGACGAGCUGCAAUCGAACGAGCUAAAUGGACAAAAGGACCAUCAAAUGCUUGAGAAUGGGGUUGGCUGAAAAUUACCAUCUGGAGGCGAGAUGCCCGGGCAUAAAGUGGCCUCGAUCGAAGUAUAGAACAGCUGGUGCAUCCUGGGAGCAUUGUAUAUACGAGCACGAAAUUCUAUCUUUCGGACUUCUGUUCCCGAGUCCUUAGCAAUCAAACGAAUCUGCCGAAACAUUGAUCUGUUCUUGA